GGACAUUUCGUAACACCAAUGUAAGAAAUUCUUAGGAGAAGGGCAUCCCCAAAGCGAAGACGACGUCACCGUGCAAACUGCACUGAUGACUCAUCAAUGUUGUGUUCUCGUUCGUGUAUAAUUUCUUUGACGCGUUUUAUUUUGUUGUUGUUACUGUCAUAAUUAGAACUGUCAAAUUUGUGAAACGUCGUUGAAUGUUCUAUAGUUAUCACGAUUUCAUGUUAAUGCGAUAACGUUAAAAACAAUUACGUAAAUCAUCUUCCGUGUUUUACUUUGAAAAGAACUUGAACUAAUGACGAUGAAGCUGGAAGUUAGUGAUAGUCAAUCGAACCACUCAGACUUUUCGUGUGAUAGUCAGUCCUCACAGGGCUCCUCUACGAAUGAUUUCACACCAGCCGUCCCGACCUCCAGGUCCCUCACGCUCACGUUGGCGAAUCUCGAGGGCCUCCAAUCGGGGGUCCCGACCCGCACGACGGCGACCAUCACGCCCACCCAGCUGCGCAACUUCGAGCAGACAUACAUCGAGCUGACAAACUUCCGCGGCGAUCAGGCCAACCACGCCGGCUUCGUGCCACCAUCCGUCACGCACGCCAACAAUUACGGCAUCCUGAAUACGGCGGGGUACUGUGAGUCGGGCCCGACGACCGCGCUGCACGUGUCGCCGGGCCCGCUCUCCGCCAGCGACGGCAGCAGCAGCCCCGGCCUGCCCGCACCCAAGCGCCGCAAUAUGGGCGGCCGCCGGCCCACCAAGACGCCGCAGGACCUCUCGCCCGAGGAGGAGGAGCGUCGCAAGAUCCGCCGCGAGCGCAACAAAAUGGCCGCCGCGCGCUGCCGCAAGCGCCGCCUCGACCACACCAACGAGCUGCAGGAGGAGACCGAGAAGCUGGAGGAGAAGAAGAGCAUGCUGCAAGACGAGCUGCGCAAGUUGAACGACGACCGCGAGCAUCUGCAGGCGCUGCUACAGAACCACCUGCAGUCGUGCAGGCUCGGCAAGCGCGCCCCCAGCCCGCCCGACGUCAAGCCCUUCCAGGACCCCUACGCGUACCCCGAGGCCCCCGAGGACGGCGUGCGCGUCAAGGUCGAGGUCAUGGACCCCACCGUGGAUCCGGUCCUUGGACUGGAUAACGAUAUCUUCACAUCUCCGAUGGCGGAUAAAAAGAUAAUGCUAUCGGCGGCGAACCCCGCGGUGGUGACGAGCGGGUCGGGCGGCGCGCUGGACACGCCCCCCGUGCGCCCCUCGCGCCCCAACUUCCUGCACGUGCCCGUCACACUCACGCCCGCACAGAUACAUAACAGCAAAGUGGGCAACAACAAGAUCCCCGGCAUCGAGAUCAGCACGCCCAGCAACGGUAUCCCGUUCAACUUCGACAGCCUGAUGGAGGGGGGCACUGGACUCACGCCAGUGCACCCACACCCGCACCCGUGCGCCCAGCAGCAGCGCGCCGCGCCAGACCUCGCCUCGCCCGACCACGGCAGCCUCGUCAGCCUCUGAGCGGCACCUUCGACCCUACUGCACAUAUACAUAACGACCACAAUCCCUUGCAAUCAACUGCGACCGCGGUACAACUACCAAUCUACUUCUAGAGGCCGAGUUAUUGAUCACAGCUGUUGUGAUUUUUUUCAUAUAUUGAAAUGAUUUUAUUGGUAUUUAAGCAAUAUCUUUGUAAUGACAUAAGUCAAUUAUUUUUAAAUUUAGAAUACAUUUUUUUUAAAUCAGGAAUCGUCUUAUGAAAAAAAUAUCAUUUAUUUUGUAUUUUAUUGUAGUUUUAAUGCUGUAUUUUAUUGGUCGAUGAUGUGAAGUAGACGGAUCUUCGGGAUGUGGUUAUAAAUAGCUUUUAUAUGCAACGUAUAACGAGCGUGCCUUAGUGUGCCCUACGUGUGACGUAACGGCCGGCGCACAUCGAACUUAGUUCGCGUAAUGAGUUCUCAUAUUUCUAUACUCUUCUUUAUUUCAUAUCCUAAGACCAUGUUCAUAUUAAAUAGACUAUCGGCUAAGGAUCAUUUUUAAUCUGUGACAACGCUGUGUUAGUAUAUUUAGUGUGAACACUACCUUAUUGUGGAUCGCGCUACUGUGACACUUGUUGUCUCUGUUUUUUCAAAGCGAAUGAAAGAGAUGACGAUAUGUCAAUGUGUCAAUCCACAGUAACAAUCUUUCUGGUGUGCAUACACGGAGAUGGCUCGAGCCAGAGGGACUCGUGUGACGUCAUCGUAGUGGGCGUGGCGUGUAUGACGUCAUCUCUCAAGACGGUUGUUAAUAUUGGUAGCAUUUUUAAUUUAAAAAUGUAACAAAUUGAUUUUUACAAGGUUUUUUCAUCGAUUGAUAUGUUCUUGUCGCUUUCUUCGUGUAUGCCUUACUUCUAAACUGUUUUCCUGAAUAUAUUUUCUUACUGUUCUAUGUUUCAAUGUCUUGAAACAAUUAGCAUCUCAUUACGGAACUCCCGUAGUUAAGUAACUUGCUCACUAUGUGCUUUUUGUAUUUAUAUUUAAUAUAUAAAUUAGCCUUAUGUAAUAACGGACGUAAAUCUGUCAGUCCACAAGUCAAUUGAUGAGCUCUUUUAUAUUUCUAUACGAAAAAAAAGCAAAAUAUUUUUUAUACAAUAGAAAUUUAUAACAGAAGCAGAAAUAUUUGUGAUGGAAAAAAUAAAACCGAGUUUUAUUUUUGAUGCAUUAAUUUCGAGUUGUGCUUAAUCUAGCUAGGCUAGACUAGGGAAUAUUUAUAAGUCGUGUAAAAGAUCUCUUUUACAGAAAAAAAACUACAUUUCUGUCAAACGGCACAAAUUUGUUUAAUGUACUCACACUCUUAGAAUCUUGUCAUAAUAAACUUGGUGCCAUUAAUCUACUUUCUGGAAUACAAAUAAAAAAAAA